CGCGCCCGGCCCUCCCGCCCCUGAGGGCUCCCCCUUCCUGGCGGCCCCGCGGCGGCGACCUCGCCGCCAGCCGCGCCAGGGCGGCCCCGCCGUCUGCGGCGCGGGCGUGUUGGUUGCCGCGGGCGUCUGGGGCUGUCUCGGAUCCACCUGUCUAGCGCACAUGGCCGAGGAGGCCUGGCAGCCGACGUGGCGCUGCCAGGACGACGGCUGGAGCGGUGGCUGGGGCGGCGGCUGGCACGGCGGCGCCUGGGCUUCGAGGUGCGGCGGCUGGAGCUGGGGCGGAGGCGGCUGGAGCGGCAGCAGCAGCGGCUCCGCGGGCCGCGCCUGGGCCGACGGGCAGGGGCAGCAGCCAGGGAGAUGGAUGCCCAGCGAGCUAGAGGCGGGGCUCCACGCUCUGGCGCGCUCCAUCGACCCGUGCCUGGUGGACGUUCUGCAGAGCCUGGGCGUUCGGGUGGCGGCAGAUCUCAAGUCCAUCACCGAUGCGGACGUGCGGAUACGAGGCGCUCCUCUGGUGGCCUGGCGCAAGCUGCAGGAGGCCUGCGAGCGGCUCCCGGCGGGCGACGCCGGCAGUGCCAGCGAGGACGCGGCUGGACGGGCGAGGUGGCAUAUUCUCGGGUCGGGGGGGUACGAAUUCUGCUGCAUGCAGCUGGUUUCGGCCUCACCGAGGGGCCCAUUCCUCG